GCUGGGGUUUUCUACUUUACUUAAUAAGGAGAAUGAGCUUUGAUGACACAUGGUGCAGAUGGAUUAUGGAAUGCCUCUCUUCAAGCAUGAUAUCAGUACUAAUCAAUGGGAGUCCUUCUAGACAGUUCCCUGUAUCUAAGGGACUUUGGCAAGGCGACCCAUUGUCACUGCUCCUAUUUCUUAUUGUUGUUGAGGGCCUCAAUGGCCUCAUAUCUAAAGCAGUGGAGGAAGGGCUUUAUGAGGGUCUCAAGGUCAGUGAAAGGAAUCUUACUCUCACACACUUACAAUUUGCUUAUGACAACUUGAUAUUUGGAAAGGCAACAGAUAACAAUGUGUGGGCAGCAAAAUGUAUUCUAAGGGCUUUCGAGUUGGUGUCCAAACGUAAAAUAAACUACAACAAAAGUCAGAUUAUGGGUGUACACACUAAUGAUGAAUGGUUCAUGAAGAUGGCUUGGCUAUUAAAUUGCAAAGUUGGAUCUCUACCUUUCAAAUACCUUAGGAUCCCUGUGGGUGGCAAUCCUAGAAAAUUAUCUUUUUGGCAUGAUCUGGUGGAAUCUUUUAAGAGGAAGUUAUCUUCAUGGAAGAGUCAUCACCUCUCCUUUGGCGAGCGUAUCACACUUCUAAAUUCUGUGCUGUCCAGUAUGUCGGUCUUCCUCAUGUCUUUCUACUCACUUCCAAAAGGAAAAGAUUAUAGCAUUAAACAAAUGAUCAGCUGGCUUAAUGGUGCAUGGGAAUGGUCUUUAUCAUGGAGGAGAAACCUACUGGCCAAAGAAGCAUUACAGGUGGAUAAUUUACUAUCUGUGCUCCACCAAGUACCGUUACACUGGGGAAAGAAGGAUGAAUGGAGAUGGCUCUACAGUGCAAAUGAGAGGUAUGAAGUACGUUUGAGUUAUCACAUGCUUUUGAACUCAGAUCCCACUGUCACUCAAGAAAUUUAUGAUCAAGUAUGGCUUAAAGGUUCUCUUGGGGAAUCCAGAUCAGGUUCUCUAGGAGAGCCCGGCCUGGGUUCUUCUCGGAGAACCCACCAAGAACCCAAUUUGGGUUCUCCAAGAAGAACCCAGGUCUGGGUUCUUGGAGAACCCAGAUCAAGUUCUCCAGGAGAGCCCAGAUCUAGGUUCUCCAAGAACCCAGUGACUGCAACCAUCCUUGACCUCAAACUACAAAUCAAGACGUUCCUGGGUCACCCAGUUCACACGCAAGAUCUGUUCUUGAGGCAGAAGCUGCCAGAGCCAUGGCUGCUAGAGUUGGAAGAUGGCACCAUAGUGCGAAAUGUGGUAUGUGGAGAUGACAAGACCCUCUUCCUCAAGGUGAAAUUCAGUGUUUGGGUGAGGACUGGAUUUGCCUCAGCCGAUUGGUUUGAACUAAUUGUCUAUACCGACGACACCAUGCUCACCAUGAAGACAAUGCUUCAACAACAAUAUGGGAUUCCGGUGGAGGACAUGAGUUUGGCAAUCGUUGAUCCUACCACCGAUGAGUUCGUUGUUCUGGAUGAUCGUGCUGAAAUUCGUAGCAUUAACAUUCCUCUAAGGGCGGGUAUUGAUUUUCAUUUAGUGUAAUGAAAAUAAUUAAAGAGCACAUGAUAGUAUUUGAUCACCAUAAUAAUAAUAAUAAUAAUAAUAAUAAUAACUCAACAAAUUGAAAGCGUUCUUCUAAUGACGGUAAAAGCUGAGUUUCCUUGGUUUGGACUUUCUUCAGAACUUGUAAAACCCAGUCACCAUGUUAAGUAAAGAUGCACAGUUUUA